GAAGCCGCUUGGGUUAUGUGUAGCCAGAGCUUGGUGGGCUUUUGCACCUGGAGUAAGAUCUGGAGAGGGGGAUCCGCGUUGCACCUCGAUAGGGCGAGUGGUGAAACAGAUUUCCUCUUUCUUAGAUACCGAGGUGCAUGCCGUCUGGUUCUGGUUUUAAUCUUCCAUGCUGUGAUAUGACUUACGCCGGUUGAUCGUCUCCUGAUGAAAAGCAAGGAUCUGGCUGCUGUUUGCUCCGGCCGUCCUUGGUUGUCAAAGGACUCGGUCCCUCAUGCAUUCACCUUUGUAACAAAUGGAAAGCUGUAGAGAUCAGAACACCUGGAGGUGUGCAGCCUUUAAUGUUUCAUGUUUGGCAAGUGAACUGCCGUCUUCUGUACCCAGAGCUGAGUUUUAGUCUUUUCAUGCCCGACUUUUGCUGCCCUUUCCAUUGUUUCCAUGAAGGCUGCAAACAGAGGAAUAUAGGAAUAUAAAGCACCAUUCCAAAGAAACCUCCACUAUGCCUUGGCAGGCUGGGAAUCGUCCCCAGCACUCAGCAUGAUCGGACAGACCAGAUUGUUUACUUGCUGUGGAGUCAGGUUAUUCUCCCAGUCCUGGAAACUUUGCUUUUCUCAGGCUGCUGAAGGCAUGACGUUCCGAAACAUCCAGAAGGUUCUCUGUGUGGCAGAGAAAAACGAUGCUGCCAAGGGGAUUGCAGACAUCCUUUCUAACAGCAGGAUGAGGAGGAGAGAAGGGUUUUCCAAAUUCAACAAGAUAUAUGAAUGCCAAUAUCACCUGUUUGGUCAGAAUGUAAAUGUGGUAAUGACGUCUGUGUCUGGACACUUGUUGACUCAUGACUUUAAGUUGCCUUUUCGAAAAUGGCACAGCUGCAACCCGCUUUUCCUCUUUGAUGCUGAAAUUGAGAAAUUCUGCCCCGAAAACUACAUAGACAUUAAGCGAACCCUUGAACGAGAAGCAGCGCAGUGCCAGGCUCUGGUGAUCUGGACAGAUUGUGACCGCGAAGGAGAGAACAUUGGCUUCGAAAUAAUUCACGUUUGCAAAGCAGUAAAGCCAAGCCUCCAGGUGUUCCGAGCCCGCUUCUCCGAGAUCACGCCUCGUGCCAUAAGAGCUGCUUGCGAGAACCUCACUCAGCCUGAUCAGAACGUUAGCGAUGCUGUGGAGGUCCGGCAAGAAUUGGAUCUCAGGAUAGGUGCUGCCUUUACCCGAUUCCAGACGAUGAGACUCCAAAAGAUCUUCCCUGAUGUGUUAGCAGAACAGCUGAUCAGCUACGGGAGCUGUCAGUUUCCAACACUGGGGUUUGUGGUGGAAAGAUUUAAAGCCAUUCAAGCCUUUGUUCCUGAGGCAUUCUACAAAAUUAAAGUGACCCACGACCACGAGGAAGGCACCGUGGACUUCAACUGGAAGAGGAACCGUCUCUUCAACCACACAGCAUGCCUCGUUCUCUACCAGAUGUGUAUGGAGGAUCCGGUGGCCACAAUCAUGGAGGUUGGGAGCAGACCGAAGAGUAAAUGGAGGCCUCUGCCAUUGGAUACUGUGGAACUUGAGAAGUUGGCCUCUCGUAAGCUGAAAAUAAACGCCAAAGAAACCAUGAAGAUCGCUGAGAAGCUCUACACUCAGGGGUACAUAAGUUACCCUCGAACAGAGACCAACGUCUUUCCAAAAGACUUAAACCUCCCCAGUUUGGUGCAGCUUCAGACCCAAGACCCCCACUGGGGAGCCUUUGCACAAAGGAUCCUAGACGAGGGUGGGCCGACCCCGCGUAAUGGAAAUAAAUCCGAUCAGGCUCACCCCCCCAUUCAUCCUACAAAAUACGUGGGUAAUUUGCAGGGGAACGACCAGCGGCUGUACGAAUUCAUUGUACGCCAUUUUCUGGCCUGCUGUUCCCAAGAUGCUAAAGGGCAGGAAACGACAGUGGAGAUUGACAUUGCUAAUGAGCGCUUCGUUGCUCACGGGCUGAUGAUCCUGGCCAGGAAUUACUUAGAUGUCUAUCCUUACGAGAAGUGGAGUGAUAAGGUUAUCCCCGUGUAUGAGAGGGGAUGUCGUUUCCAACCCACCACAGUGGAGAUGGUUGAUGGAGAGACCAGCCCACCCCAGUUGCUUACAGAAGCGGAUCUCAUUUCCCUCAUGGAGAAACAUGGCAUCGGCACCGAUGCCACCCACGCGGAACACAUCGAGACCAUCAAGUCCCGCAUGUAUGUGGGUCUCACUCCAGACCAGAGGUUCCUUCCGGGACACCUGGGCAUGGGGCUGGUAGAAGGCUACGAUUCCAUGGGCUAUGAGAUGUCCAAGCCCGACCUCCGAGCUGAACUGGAGAGUGACCUGAAGCUGAUUUGCGAGGGGAAGAAAGACAGAUCGCUCGUGCUGAGAGAGCAGGUCCAGAAAUACAAACAAGUCUUCAUAGAAGCUGUGGAGAAGGCGAAGAAGCUGGAUGAGGCGCUGUCUCAGUAUUUUGGGGAAAUGAACCAGGUCGCACAGCAAGAAGAAACCUAUCCAGCAAUGCCAGAUCCCGUUAGGAAAUGUCCACAGUGCAACAGCGACAUGGUCUUGAAGACCAAGAAGAAUGGAGGAUUUUACCUCAGCUGCUUGGGCUAUCCCACCUGUAAGACCGCAGUGUGGUUCCCCGAUUCUGUGCUGGAUGUUAGCAAGGACAGCUCCGUCUGUGACGUGUGCAAACCCCAUCCGGUGCACAGGCUGAAACUGAAGUUCAAGCGGGGCAGCCUCCCUGCCAUGAUGCCGCUGGAGUUUGUCGGCUGCAUCGGAGGCUGCGAUGAAACCCUGAGGGAGAUCCUGGAUCUGAAAUACCUGCAAGGGCCGCCCAGGCCUUUGCAGCCCGCCAACCAGCUGACUAACCUCUCACAGGCCAACCCGUCCCUCCACCCCACGGCCGGCAACCAGGCCCAUCGGAGCCUGUUCUCACCGGCCACCCAAGCACUCAGGAAUCCUCCCGCUGCACUUCUCGACACUGGCGGGAACGACGCGGUGGUGUGCAACUGCGGAGAGGAGGCCGUGCUGCUCACGGUCCGGAAAGAAGGGGCCAACCAAGGCAGGCAGUUCUAUAAAUGCAACGCUGGCAGCUGCAACUUCUUCCUGUGGGCCGACCAGCAGCCGGACGACAGGCGCAACGGGCUAGCCAGGGGCUUUGCACCUCCACCCUCAGGCGCCUCACAUAGAGGGGACAGGGGCCCAGGCCGCUCUUGGAGUGAUGGCUCCGAUCCAGGAGGAGGGAACGGGCGAGGCAGCGGAGGAGGUGCCGUCUGCAGGUGUGAGCAGCCCGCCGUCACCAGGACAGUUCUGAAAGACGGACCCAAUAAAGGCCGCCAGUUCCACACCUGUUCCAAGCCCAGAGACCAGCAGUGCGGCUUUUUCCAGUGGGUGGAUGAAAACGUGGCACCAGCAGCCUUUCCUUCAAGCCACUUCAUGGAUGAAGGGAACGUGAGGGGAUCAGGAACCAAAGUUAAAAGGUCAGACAGCGAUUCUUCCCUGAAAGCACCUACCACCAAGAGGCCAAGGACUUGCGGGAUUUGCCACCAACCUGGUCACACCAGGAAGACGUGUCCCCAGAACCACUGAAGCUGGUCAGCCCACAGAAUUUGGUCCAGGAUAUUCUUGUAGAAGGACAGAAGAGAAGGAAUCCAUGAGAUACAACAAGGAUGUGUUUGCUGGGGAUAUUAAAAGCCUGUUUGCAAACACAAGUCCUUUUGGAGCUUGCACCAAACUCUCUCUGCGAAUACUGGCAAAAGACCAAAUCUGCUUUCUAUAAAGCAAAUACAGCACAGGUCUUUGUUCUCCUCGUUCUGAUGUAGACAGAAGGAAGUCUGUCCACUAACAGUUCCUGUGCGGCAACCUAUAAGUCUCCUGCAUUUUUUUCAUGGUUCCUUUUUAAGUGUCUCUUCAGCUCCAUAAACUCUGUAAAUUAGAAGAGGAUUUUUAUCUCUUUCUGUAUGUUGUUCCUUCAGAGUGGGGCAAACUCUGCAAACAGAAAUGUGUGUUGUUGUUCGUUUUUAACACAGGCCAGCUGAGCAGGCGCUUAACCUGAAGUGCCUGCAUCUUGGGUAAUGUUUUAUUUUUUAUAAUGACACACAGACACAUGGAAAUUCAUGGAAAAAAUAAUGCAAAACAUUAACUUAUAUAUACUCUGCUCCUCAAGAGAAAAUGGGAGGUAGAAUAAGACUUCAGAGCUUAGCUUUUUCCACAGCUAUGAUUUAUAAAUACUCAGAUCCUUAAAUGUGGCUGUUGCUACUAUGAAAUAGCUCAUCGCUACAGUGACGUUGCAUCUGAAGGAGCUGUAAGAGCGCUGUUCUUACCCAGGAACCUUAAUUUUAAAGCUGAGUGGGGAAGGAUUCAGGUGUCUCCUCUAAUAAAUGUGUAGGUGAUGUCUCCAUUCUUGGAUAUAGACCUCUUCCUCCAAAUGAGAACCACUUCAGUUACUUCUACAAACAGGAGUAGAUGAAACAUUUGCAACACAUACAAUUUAAUCUUGGUUUUCUCGUGUUGUCUGGUAAAAACCAUGCUCCUAUCAUCACAAAAGAUGCCGCUGCUUGGGUACAAACCAAUUCAGGUAACUUAUCUGCCUUUUUUAAAAUUAAAUGUGUUUUUUUGUAAAGCUCAA